AAGCUGCCAGGGCGUGUAUCAGUCCGUGUGGUUCCAGAAAUCCCUGUUCUUACUGUAGCUGAUACCUGUAGCUGAAGGAGGUGUGGGAGCACGAUGUGAAGAGCAGCAGCUGCACCAAACCUCCGGCUGUUUGGAGAAAGGAGCGAUCAUCACUGCCCCUGUGGAGGCAACAUCAGAUUUAACAUCGUGCGGCUCCUUUUGGAUGCGCCUUCCUCCUCCUCCUCCUCCUCCUCCUCCUCCUCCUCCCUCCUCCUCCUCCUCCUCCUCCUGUUCAAGCUGUGAGACGCCACCUGACUGAGACGCGCCUGUCUGGACCACGAGUGACAAAGGUCUCCACGUUUAGGGUCAGAACUUGGAGAAAGCAGGAUGGCAUCACAGGAGCUGAGGUGUAAAGUGUGGCAAUAGGAGGACUGGAUGAACUGACCGCGUUUUAAAUCAUGACAGGUCAUAUCUUCGGUGAACCGGGUCGUGGGUCUCACAUGGAUGACAAUGCCGCCAUCCGCAUCAAUGUGGGCGGCUUCAAGAAGCGCCUCCAGUCCGACACCCUCUCCCGGUUCCCUGAGACCAGACUGGCGCGUCUCCUCCACUGCCAGUCCAAGGAGUCCAUCCUGGAGCUGUGUGACGACUACGACGACACGGAGAAGGAGUUUUACUUUGACAGAAACCCGGCUCUGUUCCCCUACGUCCUGAAUUUCUACAACACGGGGCGGCUCCACGUCAUGGCCGAGCUGUGCAUCUUCUCCUUCAGCCAGGAGAUCGAGUACUGGGGCAUCAACGAGUUCUUCAUCGACUCCUGCUGCAGCAGCGCCUAUCACUGCAGGAAAAUGGACCAGGACCGGGAGGACUGGGAGGACCGGAGCGAUGAAGGGAGCACCACUUCAUCUUUUGACGAGCUGCUGGAGUUUUACAACGACGUCACUAAGUUUGACAAGCAGCUGCUGGGGAGCGCACGGAGGCGCGUCUGGCUGAUGCUGGAUAACCCCGGGUACUCCGUGGCCAGCCGCAUCAUCAGCAUCCUGUCCAUCCUGGUGGUGCUCGGAUCCAUCGCCACCAUGUGCAUGAACAGUAUGAGCGAGUUCAGCAGCCUUUUGGACAGCGAGGGGCAACCCACUGAGGACCCCCGGUUCGAGACCGUGGAGCACUUCGGCAUCGGCUGGUUCACUCUGGAACUGGUCGCCAGGUUCGUGGUGGCGCCGGAUCUUCUGCAUUUCUUCGAGCAUCCGUUAAACGUCAUAGACCUGGUGUCCAUACUUCCGUUUUACCUGACGCUCCUCAUUAACCUGGUGGUGGACAGCACCCCGGCCUUAGCCAACCUGGGACGCGUUGCGCAAGUGCUGAGACUGAUGCGCAUUUUCCGCAUCCUGAAGCUGGCGCGCCACUCCACGGGGCUGCGCUCCCUGGGGGCCACCCUCAGGAACAGUUACAAAGAGGUGGGCCUGCUGCUUCUCUACCUCGCCGUCGGGGUGUCGUUUUUCUCCGUCAUGGCCUACACGGUGGAGAAGGAGGACAACGAGGACCUCACCACCAUCCCGGCGUGUUGGUGGUGGGCCACCGUCAGCAUGACCACCGUGGGGUACGGGGACGUGGUGCCGGUGUCCAUAGCGGGUAAACUGACCGCAUCCGCCUGCAUCCUGGCCGGAAUCUUAGUAGUUGUGCUUCCAAUUACACUAAUUUUCAAUAAAUUCUCCCUGUUCUACAAGAGACAAAAACAGCUGGAAAUCGCAAUGAGAAGCUGUGAUUUCGACGAAGGGAUAAAGGAGGUUCCGUCCGUCAACCUGAGGAACUAUUACGCACACAAAGUCAAGUCCCUCAUGGCGAGUUUAUCCAACAUGAGCCGGAGUUCCCCCAGUGAACACAGUCUGAACGAGUCCAUACACUGA